AUGUACAACAUGGACGUGGCUGCAGACGAGCGCUCCAUGAAGGCAGUGGAGCAGCGGCAGGCUGCAGAGGCCGAGCGCAAGAAACGCAUCUUCAACGCAAAGAAGCGGUUGAUUGGACUGGACAUCCAGGCGCUGGAGCAGCAAGUGGCUGAGAGGCGCAAGUGGGAGGAAGCAGAGCGGCAGCGGGAAAUGGCGUACGACACGCUGCAGAUUUCCAUGGACCAAAAGGUGAUGAAGAAACAAAGAGAGGAGGAGGAACGAAGGAGAGAGUUGGCCCAGGAUCUUGUGCAGUACUGGGUGAUAUACCAGCGCACUGAGGACUCUCAUGAUGCAGAUAUUAAUUAUAAGCACCAAGAGGGACCCGGUGCCAGCGUGAUUAAUCCGGAGUCAUUAGGAGCUGCCAGUAUGCAGGUUUUUGAGGGAGAAGGAGAUGGGGACAAUGAAAGGAAGAAGUUUGAGAUGGAGCAGAAUGAGAGAACGCUCAGAGCUCAAUGGGAGGAGCGAGAGAAAUACCAGAAAGAGCAGAAACAAAGGGAGUUUCUGAAUCAAAUGGAGCUGAUCCAGCAGGACCUGAGAGCAGUAGAACUGGAGGCUCUGGAGGAGAAACAUAAAAAAGCGGCACUCGUUGCGCUCAAAAGCUACAACCAGGCUCAGGCAGAAGAGAGGCAGGAACGACAGAGGCAAGACAAGCAGAAGCAAGAGUGCUUGAGCAUGGCAGAGAUUAUGGAGCUGGCGACCUCGGACUUCUUGACAGAGCGCCCAGAAGCUACAGCGAAGGAGGGCAUGGGUUCAGCAGAGGCUCCUCAAGUGAUCCCUGAUCGCUGGAAAGGGAUGAGCUCUGAGCAGAUCAGCGCCAUCUACAGGCAGAGAGCGGAGCAGUGUGCUGACAAAGAGUGGCAGAGAGAGUGGGAAAAGCAGAACAACCUGGCAUGGGAUUUGCAGCAGCUGGAGCAGGGCAGGCAGCAAAUGGAGGAGGAGAGAAGAGUGAGGGAACUGGAGAGGGAGAGGAGAGCACUGCUGGACCAGUACAACCAGCAGCUGGCCAGAGAGCAGCAGGCUCACCAGCAGUACCUCAAUAAGGAGCUUUACACCAACCGGCCCACUGUGAGAUACUUCAACCAGUUCAACAGGUGUUCUCGCUAA